AUGACUGCCGAAGAGCUACAGCUCAUAGACCAAGAAAUUUUUACCAUUCAACAGAAACAAGCCAUCCACAAGGUUUUCCAUCUGGGCGGUCCAGAUUAGUUCUUAAGCACUUUGUUUAUGGUCCCCAAAAGAGUGGGGGCCACAGACCAGUGGUGAACCUCAAGGGUCUAAACCACUUUGUAGAGUACAAACAUUUCAAAGUGGAAGGUGUACCAAUCCUCAAAAAUCUCCUAAAACCAAAGGAUUUCUUGACCAAAAUAGACCUAAAAGAUGCCUACCUCACUGUUCCAAUUUGGAAACAACACCAGAAAUUCCUCCAGUUUAUAUGGCGGGACAAUGUGAGAGUUUGCAUCAUUAAACAACAGCCAUAAUAACUUCCACAGAAAUUACAUGACCAGGAUAUUUCCACAAAUACACAUUUUUUUGGAUGAAACAAAAUUGCCAAUUUAAUCUGAGGAGUGCCACACAAACCAUGUGGCACAUGUUAAUUAAUUGAUCUUUACAUCCCAUGGGAUGCACACCAUGAAUUAUUUUGAGUCUCUGGGGAUUUUUAUGGGUUACAAUUUGGUAUUUCAGAGCAAGAAUGAUGCUAAUCCAUAACAGGAAAAAAAACACUUGUUAAGCAUCAUGGACACAGAAUGCAGAAGUAACAGAAUCACCAACUUCUCAAAAAGGCCAUCUGGAAAGAAGCGUUUUGUAAUGAAUACAAGAAUAACAGUUGCAAUGACUCAGAAUACAGAAUACGUCCCAAAAAGGACACAGACGAUGUAA